AGCGCCGCUUUUGCCUCCGCCCGGGGUCGAGACUUGAGAAGCGCAUCGCUCUCGCAUCACAGCGAUCGAUCUCUCUCGAGCGAUCGAAAGAAGAAGAAGAGGACGAAUAAGAGGUUCCUCUUAUUUGUGCUCCUUAGGAUCCAAAAAGAAACAAAAAAAAAAAAAAAAACUUUUUCUGGAGUUUUGUGGGGGAUUCGGAGGGGGGUUGGCCACGAUGGGUUGCAAGGAUGUGGGGAUUCUCGCCAUGGACAUCUACUUCCCUCCUACUUGCGUGCACCAGGAGGCCCUCGAGGCUCAUGAUGGAGCAAGCAAGGGUAAGUACACCAUUGGACUAGGCCAAGAUUGCAUGGCUUUUUGCACAGAAUUGGAAGAUGUGAUAUCCAUGAGCUUGACGGUAGUUACUUCCCUGCUAAAAAAGUAUCAGGUCGAUCCAAAGCUAAUCGGACGCUUGGAAGUUGGUAGUGAGACUGUGAUAGACAAAAGCAAAUCUAUCAAGACUUGGCUAAUGCAAAUUUUUGAGGAAUAUGGUAACACCGAUAUCGAAGGUGUUGACUCGACUAAUGCGUGUUAUGGAGGAACUGCUGCACUACUAAACUGUGUGAAUUGGGUUGAGAGCAACUCUUGGGAUGGCCGUUAUGGACUCGUUGUUUGUACAGAUAGUGCGGUUUAUGCAGAAGGGCCAGCUCGGCCUACCGGUGGUGCAGCUGCAAUUGCCAUGCUAAUUGGGCCAAAUGCUCCUAUUUCUUUUGAAAGUAAAUUUAGGGGAACUCACAUGGCUCAUGUUUAUGAUUUCUACAAGCCCGAUCUUGCUAGUGAAUAUCCGGUUGUCGAUGGAAAGUUAUCUCAGACAUGCUAUCUCAUGGCUCUAGAUUCGUGCUAUAGGCGAUACUGUAGCAAGUAUGAAAAGCUUGAAGGACUGCAAUUCUCCAUGUCUAAUGGAGACUAUUUUGUGUUCCAUUCUCCCUACAACAAGCUUGUACAGAAAAGCUUUGCCCGACUUUACUUCAAUGACUUCUUGCGCAACUGCAGCUCUGUUGAGAAUGAUUCAAUUGAAAAGCUGCAACCGUUCGCAAAUUUGACUGGUGAUGAAAGUUACCAGAGCCGUGAUCUUGAAAAGUUUGCACCUGAGAAAUUUGUCAAGACAUUGAAGUUGAUGGAGCACCGAUACGGAGCCAAGGACUUUGAGACAACAAAGGAUACAAGUUUGUUGUCACCUGGAACGUUCUACCUAACAAAGGUUGACUCCAUGUACCGGAGAUUCUACAACAAGAAGGGGGAAGAUGACGAUGUAACCAGUGGAACAUCCAUCAACAGCAACAAUGCUCCGUUAGCAAAUGGACACUAGCGAAAUUUGAUCUGCAGCAUUCCUUUCGGGUGUAUGAGUUAAUAAACACUCUUGUUUUUCUUAUCGUCAUUCUCGUUCUUUUUGUCAGGUCCUUGUGAUCGAACUGUUAUUUAUUGACCAGAAGGCGGUUGUUUUUCUUCGAUAAUGAAAGUUGGAUCCUGCUUUCUAGUUUAUCA